UUUCGAGGCGGGGUGAGGCCACGCGGGGACGCGCACAGCGGCCGGGCCCCGCUCGGCCUCCGGGACCCCGGGCCCCGUGCACCCCGCGCCCCCCGGGACCAUCUACCCCGCGCUGCACCCCGUCCCCGGAUCUCGCGACUCCCGGGCCUACGGGUCCGUCGGUCCCGGGGAGCGCGAUGUCUUCCCCGGAGCAACAGCCCCCGGGCCAUGGUGGUGGUGGUGGUGGCAGCAACGACGACGAGGAGGAAGGAGGAGGAGGCCUGGAGCACGUGCCAUCGUCUGCCUCCAUUCACGAUGAAGACGUCAUGGAGCAGAUCCUGCUGGAUGCGCAGCACGAGUCGGAGCGCAACAGUCCCCAGAGCCGCUCCCACAGCCACAGCCCCCAGAAGCCCCAGAGCCCGGUGUUCUUCAGCUGUGGCCCAGAGAGCAGCAACGCGGAGGAGACAUUCCUAGGCGAAGGAGGCGGCGGAGUCUUCAGCUGUGGCUUGGAGAGCGGGGAGGCUCUAGGGACGCCCCCCCAGUCUGACGGAGGGAGUCGCCAGUCGGAUGAGGAGAGUGGCGACAGUGAGGCGGGAAGCAAGAGGAGUUCGGAAUGGUCCAGCCGCCCUGAAAACUCCCCACCUAAAGAGCUGAAGCUGCAUGCCUCGCAUCGUGCAGCACGGACAAGCGUGCGGAAAAGCAGCGCCGUGAAUAGCGGUGGCCUCUUCUCGUCGGAGGUGCUAUGUGUCAUCGUGCCAUCCCUCCUCCUCUCCCACCUCCUCACCCUCGGCCUCGGGAUCUACAUCGGCAAGCGACUCGCCGCCUCUUCCCACAGCUCCUUGUAAAAGAAGGCACUUAACUCUUAUUCACUUUUUAAACACAAUUGUUAAAAAUCUAAAGCUAAAAAAAACCUUGUAAUUGAUUGAAAAUAAAAACAAUCCUUAGAAGUAAAAGUUAAGUUUUACACUAAGCUGAGCACUCUCCCAUGUUUGUGUUACUUGCGAGACGUCGAAAAGUACUUUAGUGCAUGUUAUAAAAUAUGCUUGUAUGCCACUGUGAAAUCAUACGUAGUGCUGUAAAGGAUGAGUCGUGUAUAUUGAAAAGUCAUUGUUAUCUUAAGCAUUGUGCCUUCCAGUUCCUUAUUUUGUUACAUUCUGUAGAUCACAAUACACUGAAUACAGUACAGUAUUGUAAUUUGUUGACAUGCUUUCAUCUAUCCAUGAUUAAACGUUCCCCAUAGCUGA